GAAAUCUAAAAUGGCGACAGGUUUUGUUGUUGUGUGAGGAGACGAAAUCUGGCGAAAAAAACCUUUACACAUAUAAGAAACAACACCAAUGUAUAUAUUUUUACAUUGCAAGCAUCAAACUACAACCUCUUCACCAUCCUGUCGAGUGUAUGUACAACGGUUCAACCACUGGUGUUUGUAUUUAUUUAAUUUUACAUCUACGUGCAUGACAUAAUUUUUUGCGGGCGAAGAGAGGACACGCACGGGGUUUUCCAAUAUAUAUUUGUAUCGUGUUUGUUUUUGUGUGUAAAAGAGGACAUUUAAAAUGCCGACACAUUUUAGACACAGUUACCGUUCGGCGAAAUAUGUGCUGUCUGGAUUGAAGGCAACUACGAAUACAGGUUCCAUUACUUCUAGAAGCACUGGCCGACUAUUCACAAAGUUUGGUCCAGUUGUGAUUACCAAGCCACAAGCUUUCUGCUGUAUAAGAUACUUCAGUGCAACAAGUGUGUGUUCUAGUAAUACAACAGAUGGGACCACAAAAGGAGGGUCUGGGAAGAAGCCUCCCGGUACAGGCAAGGGUGGAAACAACAAAUCAGGCCAACUCAGGUGUCCCAAGUGUGGUGACCCAUGUACACAUGUGGAGACCUUUGUUUCAUCCACAAGGUUUGUGAAAUGUGAAAAAUGCCACCAUUUCUUUGUUGUGUUAUCGGAAACUGAUAGCAAAAAGAGCAUGAAAGAAAACCAAGCACAUCAACAACAAAGACCUGAUCGGCUUCCUCCUCCUCCCCCGAAGAAAAUUUAUGAAUAUCUGGACAAGUAUGUGAUUGGCCAAGCCCAGUCCAAGAAGGUAUUGUCUGUCGCUGUUUACAAUCACUACAAGAGAAUCUAUACCAAUCCACCAACAACUGUUAAGCCAACAGCUGAAGCCCAGGAAAACCGCAUACAAGGGGCAAUCUUCACUCCACGGGAACUUUUACAAAUAUCAGGCAUUGGUAACCAUGGUAGCGCAUUAGGGGCAUCGUCAAUGCCGCAAUCAGGGAAUCAGAGUGGUGAUGCAGCUGAUAGAAGGGUUGCAGGAAGUGAUCUGUUAAACAGUAAUACACACGAGUUGAGAGUUGAGAAAAGCAACAUCUUACUUCUUGGCCCAACUGGUUCCGGUAAAACCUUAUUAGCUCAGACAUUGGCUAAAUGUUUGGAUGUACCAUUUGCUAUAUGUGAUUGCACAACCCUGACCCAGGCAGGAUACGUGGGUGAAGACAUAGAAUCAGUUAUUGCUAAAUUAUUAAUGGAUGCAAAUUUCCAUGUAGAUAAGGCUCAACAAGGUAAGAAUUCAAACACCUUUCUUUCUUCCGUCAAAUUGAUCUGCAAAAUUCCCGGUAUACACCAACUCAGGGACGUUGGUGGUGAAGGAGUUCAACAGGGCUUGCUCAAAUUGUUGGAAGGUACGAUUGUAAACGUACCCGAGAGAAGUUCACGCAAACUAAGGGGUGAAACGGUGCAGGUGGAUACCACAAAUAUACUGUUUGUUGCAUCCGGGGCUUUCAAUGGAUUAGACAGGAUUAUCAGCAGGAGAAAGCAGCAAAAGUAUCUUGGAUUUGGAGCCCCUGCCAAUAUCAGCCCAGGGAGGAGAGCCGCUACCGCUGGGGAUAUAUUAAGUAUCACUGAGGGGCAGGAUGCUAAAGCUGACAAUGAAGAGAGAGAUGCGCUUCUUGCAUUGGUGGAGUCAAGGGAUCUUAUAGAAUUCGGAAUGAUACCAGAGUUUGUUGGUAGGUUCCCUGUGGCUGUUUCGCUGACUUCUCUAGAUGAAGAGAUGCUGGUGAGGAUAUUGACGGAACCACGUAAUGCGCUUGUACCACAGUUCCAUGCUUUACUUGGUAUGGAUAAGGCCGAAUUGACAUUUACUCCAGGUGCACUGAAAGCUAUAGCUCAGAUGGCACUUGAAAGAAAGACAGGUGCAAGAGGACUGCGCGCUAUUGUGGAAGGUGUGUUGCUGGACGCUAUGUUUGAAGUACCUGGGUCAGGAAUUGUUGGUGUCCAUGUUGAUGAUGAUGUUGUCAAGGGAAACAAACCAGCACAUUAUAUCAGGGCACCGGAAGAACACAAUGACGGGGAGGAGGUACCAGAAAAUAAAGCUCAGGCCAGCCAGUAAUAUUACUAACCACCCUACAAUGCCUUACUUUGCUAUUAAAUCUGAUUAUAUCAAACUUUAAAAAAGUCUUUUAAUUUGGCUAAAAACACACACAGAAUUAUUAACACAAAUUUAUUUCUUUUAUCACAGCGAAAUCAGUGUAGUUUGACAAAUGGAUGACAGUGUUUGUAUUUUAAAUGAAAUGAGCCAAAAUAAAGUAGUGUUUAGACAACAACACAAACUGACUCAAAAAAAAGUCAGAGAUAAUGUAGCUACGAUGAUUAUAAAUUCAUGUUACCUGUUUGUUGACAGAUUCUUAUUGAUACAAUAUUUUACUGACUGUACCUUGAUAAGCUUCCAGUUAUUGUUUUAGUAAAUUAUCAAACAAAACAAAAAGUUGCAUGCUGCUCAUUUUCAACGGUCAAGCUGAACUGAUUUCUGCUGUAUUUUGAUCAUCAAGGCCGGAUUUCUCUUUUUUUCUUUAAUCAGUGGUAAAUGAUGAAGUAGUUUGGUUACUGUUUCAUAUUAAAGGGGAGGGGUUGUCACCCGUGCACGCUCGGGAAUCGGGUCCCAAGCAGCGCAUGAUAAAAACACAAAGGCUCAUGGGUAGAUGCUUGUUUGUAAUCAACGACACACUAUGGCUAUCUGCCAAAUGCACAGGUGGUAACCCCCUCGCUUUGUCAUCGUGUUAUUUUAUUUUUAUUUUUUUUAUAAUCUGCAAAGUUUUACUGUACAAGAAAGUCUGAAACUGCUACAUGUUUCUAUUAUUCUGAAUGUUAAAAUUGAAGGUUUAGCUGUUUGAAUGCUCUAUUGUCUGCCCCGAUUCCAUUUCAGAACUAAAGCGAUUUACAUGUUUUAACUUAAAAAUGGCACACCACUACUUGUGUCAUUGUGGAUGACAUUUCCUAUAUAUACAAGAAUAAAAAUUCUGAAGAAUUCAGAUGAUUCAUUUUAACAACACACAUGUGUGGUCAGUAUUGAUUAGCUACAUUGCAGUCCGUACUGAAAAUCGACUACAAGGGAUGUUCUGUUUUAAUCAGAUUAAAAAAAAACAAAAUAUUUUUUUUUCUUUGCAUAUAGUUAUUCACAAAUAAUAUUGAAACUGACUUGCUAUACAAAUAUUUAAAUGUAUUGUUUUGGUAAUUGAUUUGUUUUGUCUAGUGCGAGUAAUUUUUGUUUCUCUCGAAUGUCAUUUAUUUUAAUAUUAGAAGAUCAUAUGUAAAUUUUUUUGGAGAGUUGAUACCUAAAGAAAUAUGCGAGAGGAUUUUAAGUGGUAUAGUCAUUUUGAGAUGAUAUAUAUAAUAUGGUAGCAAUUAUUCAACUCUCAAAUCAAAUGGACACUUUGUAGAGGUUUCAUACGAUAAUAGUUUGAUGACAUCACCAACUGGAAGACUCAUUCAAAAUAUCACAUGAUUCCAAAUCCUGCUUGUGAUCUACUGCAGCUGACACAAGUGCUUCAACGAGUUUAAUUACCUGUAUGGGUUCAACGAAACUUCCUGUUUAGAAUGAGAGGCCAGGUAUAUUGGAUAAAAUUAACUUAUGAUAUGGUGUCUUCAAACAAAUACUUUAGCCAAUGUAGGAAUUGCUGUAUUUUGAAAUGUCAUUUGAGAAUAUUUUACUUAUCAGUUAGUUUUACAACUAUGAAUUCGAUUUAUAUAUAUAUAUAUUCUCUCUUCUGAAUAAAUAUAAACUUCUCACAAAGAAAGGAUGUUUGGGUUAUGUUAUGUAACCAUGACAAACUUUUAACUUAGGAAAGCUUUAGAUAAAAUAUCUCAAAAGUGUUUUUGCAUUGAUAUCGAGCAAAAAAAAAUGAUACGAGUUGUGUACAUUGCACAGAUCAUGGUAUCCUAGUACUAUGUUGCAAUGUCACCGAUUUACUGCAUCCACAGAGCCGCAACUGUGCCUCAGUGUGUUGAAACACCCCAGUGCAUGUUCGCAUUUCAGAUAAACAAAUACCCUGGUUCUGAUUUUGCAUGCGCUGUAUACGCCGCAUAGAACCCAUCCCAAAAACAAUGUAUGCCUCCUCCUACCUUUUCUUGUAGAUCAAAUCUAUGUUUAUGAUACAUUCAAACUUAAUAUUGUUUACUAAUCAUGACAUAUCUCUUCAAUGAAGCUAUACAUGUAUUACUGCAUACAUGCUAACAUUGAUUACAUGUACAUGGUGUAGCUUCCAUUUUUAAAUUUCUUUUCAGAAUAAAUCUCUAGUCACUGUGAUGCAGUUUUAUGUAUAUUCUACAUUUAUUGAAUUUUCAAUCACUUGUGUGUGGCGUGUGACUACGAGGGUAAUUCACCCCUAGAUCUUUCAAAAUGCACAUCACAAUAUAUGCAGUAAUGUCAAACUUGAAAUUAAUAAAUGUGAACACUGUCAGUUAUUGUA